AUGUUUUCAUCUAAAAAGCCCAAGUUUAGUCUCAACUUGACUAUCAACGAGUUGUCCAACAUCCCCCAGAUCAGCGGGUCCUGCUUCAUCGAGUUGCAAAUCAAGGAUGCCCGUCGGGGGUUUAGCGGAUUGAAAACAUUCAAAACUCAUACUCCUUCUAGUGAUAAGGAGUCCAAGACGGAUUCGACAGCUAGCGAACACUCGCUCCUUCCUCAUUCAGACACCAGCUCUUCGUCGGCCUCGUCCGGCUCUGGUAAUAUCUCGGUGACAACCUCCACCAAGAAGAUCCACAACUUUAAAUGCUUAUUCAAUUAUCAAUUGAGCUGUAACUUGAAAUUUCCUUUUAAGAAAAGAGAAAAUUUGAUUGCUAAUAAAUAUUUGAUUUUAAGGGUUUUCUUUAUAAAUGAAAAAAUGCUGUCUGAAACGCAGAAUUCAAAUCAUCAUCAUAAAGGUGAAACCAUUGAGUUAGGUAAAAUUGACAUUAACUUAUCGGAAUAUCUUAAUUUUGAUGAAUCAGUCACUUCAAAAUACUUAUUAAAAGAUUCAAAAGUUAAUCUGAUUCUCAGUUUAUCUAUUCAAUUAAAAGAACUACCUUUGAAUUAUGAUUUCCAUACUCAAUUACAGAUUAAUGAUACUCAUUCUUCUAAUAACAAUCAUCAGUUCGAACCUCGAAAACCAACUAACUUAAACUCCUCGGCAACAACUAGGUUCAAUGUACCUCAGUUUGAAAGGAAAAACGUUUUUGGCGGAUUGGAUGAUGUAAUUCAUUCUCCCUCGGAGUCUUCCUUGAGUAAACAACCCCCUCCUCCUAAUCUGAAAUUUCAAAAUCCGGCUCUGCCAACUUCUUCAUUUUCAAGUGAUGAUACUCCUUCUACCAACCCUUCGAAAUCAGAUACUCCUUCAAGAAAAUCGUCCUUAUCAAAAUUGCGUCCUCAUAAUUUGAAUGGUAAUAAUAAUGGAAACGGUUCAAUUUCAUCUUCUUUGAUGAAAGAUUCAAAUAAUCAUCAAAAUUUAAUAAAUAAUCAUCAAAGUCUCAACAGUAACGUGAUUAUGGAUCCGAUAAUAAGUAACCUUUAUAAAAAAAUCUUGGAAUCAACUUGGGAUCCUCAAUUACAUAGCUUACUAAAUUAUCCGCCUGAACAAUGUAUCGAUGAUAUUUUCAAUAAAUCUGAAAAAGAAUUUAGUGAAAAAUUCGAUAAUUGGAAGAAACUGGUUUCUUCUAAUGAUAAUGAUGAUGAUGAUUUGAAAGAAAUUAAUGGCUUAAUUAAUGAAAUUAAAUACAGAGAUGAUUUACGUAGUUGGGUCGUCGGUGGUGAAUCUUAA